GUCGCCACAUGCAAAUCAGCACCUGGGUCUCCUCGCAGAAGCUGCGGCUGAUCAGCGCGGCGGUCCGCGUCAACAUGCAGUUCAUGGCGGAGCGUUUCGUGGUGGACGGCGACGCGGAGCCGGCGGAGGCCCAGCAGCCGGGGUCCAUCAUCGAGAGCGAGUGCAGCCAGCCCAACGUCUACGACCCGCGCCUGGCCACGCUGCCGACCUGGGGCCAGCGCGGCGUGUCCGAUGAGUCCGCGGCCAGUGGGAUCUCCAGAACGCCGUUCCGCUUUAGGAGAAACAAGCCCAGGCCGCACGCUGAACUUCCGCCUCACCGACGUCGACGGCAACGAGGUCAACACCCGAGGAACCAGCGUCUCCUUCGCCCUCGAUCCAGAGAAAUGAUGGGCCGCUUGAGGAAAAGAAAAAUGCCGGGUGAGCACCAGCCCGACCAGGCUGACGAGGCAGGCGGCGCGGACCCGCGUGGACCCGAGCCCGCCGAGGCCCCAGAGGCAGCCGCAGACCUGUGGGACCAGCUGCUGGACCUGUUGAAACGCGCGAAAGCGCUAACUGCAGGGAUGCGCCUUGCGCACAUCCGGCAGGAGUGGGUGUUCGGUAAGUUGGAGCCUUUUUUAGGAGCCGGGAAGCCUCUCGGUCAAGUGCAAGUGGGAUCUUCCCCCGGGCCUGCUGAGCCCGUGGUGGCCGUGCCCGGUGGUGAGGGCCCCGGAGCCCCAGAGCCCAAGGCGGCCCCCAAGAAGCGCGGCCGACCACCCAGCUCAAAGAACAAGCCCAAGCCGGCGCCGGCGACCGUCCGAGGCGGUGAACAGGUACCGCAGGCUCCAGUGGCUCCGGAGCCGGAGCAGCAGCCGCAGCAGCAGCCUCGGCACCCGGUGAGGAUGACGCCCUCGCAGGAGAGGAGAAUGCGCCUGAUCUGGCGGCAGAACCGCUUCGAGCGGCCGUGGCUGCCAGCAUGGAUGUCUAAAAGGAACCAUGAUGCCCCUGGAGCCCGGAACGAGGCGCAGAUGCUCUGGAGCUUCUGGAAGUACCCCUCCUACAGGGUGCAGCCGCUGCUCUACAAGCGCUACAACGAGCUCGUGGACGUGGAGGCUGAGGAGAGGAGACUCCGCAAGGAGGGCCAAGAGUAUACCGACUCCGUGGGCCGGCUGACGGACACGGUGAACCGGCGCCUGCCGCAGCUGAGGUACGCCCAGGCGGAGCGCGCCGGCGUGCGCCGCGCCGCACGGGACGUGGCCGCGGGACGGAACACCCAGGAGUCGGGCGUCGUGGGCGGCAUCAUGUAA